GCUCUGCAGCAGCCUUGGACUCAGCUCCAGCUAUCCCAGGGACUUCCAGCCGGGAGCUGGAGAAUGCUGCCCCGAGCAAUGCUCUCCCUGCUUACCCUGUUCUGUGUUUUCAGGGCUUCUGCUUCUGUUCUGGAUGAAGAGGAUGACUAUGACCUCAUGUAUGUGAAUCUGGAGAACGAAAUUGAAGGUCCCGUUCUGGGGACGGAGGAAACUGCUUCGUGUGACUGCCAGCGGGAGCACACUGAGUGGGACAAGCUCUUCAUCAUGCUGGAGAACUCCCAGAUGAAGGAGAACAUGAUGCUGCAGGCACUGGAUGAGAUCCUAAAGGUGGACCUGCAGACACUGAGGGCAGAGCUGACCCAGCUCACCACCCACCUGACGGGCACCUUGGCAGUGGCCCUGGAGAAAGCCACCUCCCAGAUGGUGUCACAGGUAGAGCAGGCACUUGUGAGGAAGGGUGACCACGGGGAGGAAGCCCAGAGGCUUCAGGAGUCUGAGCAAGGCAAGGUUCUCCAGCAGGUCCUGCUGCUGAGCCACAACGUGUCCAGCAGGCUGGGCCAGCUGGAGAGGGCUUGGCUGAGGAGCUCCGAGGUGGAGGCUCAGGAGACAGCUUUCCAGCACCAGAAAUCCAGUCCCGGCAGAGGAGAGAAUCUCAUUUUGAACUCUCUGUGGAAAGAGCUGCAGCAAACCAGAGCUGAACUGAAGGCAUCCCAGAAGUGGGCAGCUCAGCACUUGCUGCCAGCAGGGUGUGAAACAGCAAUUCUGUUCCCCAUGCGUUCAAAAAAGAUCUUUGGGAGCGUUCACCCAGCAGCUGGAAUGGCCCUUCACUCCUUCACUGCUUGCAUCUGGAUCAAGGUGACGGAGGCUUUGGAUAAAACUGUUGUCUUCUCCUAUGGAACCAAGUUCAAUCCCUAUGAAAUCCAGCUCUAUCUCAGCUGGGAGUCUGCAGUGCUCCUCGUUGGUGGUGAGCAGCACAAGUUAGCUGCCAAAAACGUAGUUGUUCCUGGGAAGUGGAUCCACCUCUGUGGUACCUGGAGCUCGGAGAAGGGAUCUGCAUCCCUGUGGGUGAAGGGAGAGCUGGCAGGCACUGCCCUGGGCUUUGCUGCUGCUCACACCAUCCCAGCAGGAGGGAUUUUGCAGAUUGGCCAGGAGAAGAACGGCUGCUGCGUUGGAGGUGGAUUUGAUGAAGCUUUGGCCUUCUCUGGGAAAUUAACUGGCUUCAACCUGUGGGACAGAGUGCUCAGUGCCCAGGAGAUAGCAGCCCAGAGCGGGGAGGAUGCGUGCAGCAUCAGGGGCAACGUCGUCGGGUGGGGAGUCACAGAAGUUCUGCCAUCGGGAGGAGCUCAGUAUGUCUCUUAG